UAUUAUAAUUCUUCUCAUUUGACUAACAAUUCACCAUUGUCACCUGUUAAUCAACAAAAAUCGUCUUCUGCUUCAUUACACCAACAAUUAUCAGCAGAAAUUCGUCGUCAAUUGAAUGAAGGUGUUAGUGCAGAUAAUUUGUCUGCUACUCUUCCUUCAAUUAAUUUGGACAGUGAGGCAUCGAUUUCCCAACGAAUUUCUACUCUUUCACUCAUGCAAAAUUCAAUUCAAAAUAUUUUUUUAAACAAAGCAUUACCUGUUCGUGAAAGAGCUAUUGACUACACCUUAAAAAGGGCAGAGAAUAUUUUAAAAACUUCUUCAGAUGUUGAUAAACUUCGAGAGAGCACUCAACAACGGCUAAUGGAUUUGUUUAGACAAAUUAAUGAUAUUAAAGCAAUUAUUCUUAAAAGGCAGCAUCAAUAUCGAUUAUUGGAUGAAAAAAUACAAAAGAUUGCCCAAAUUCUUCAACCAAUUAUGUUCACAACUUCAGAAGAUGAAAUUGAAGCUUUAGAUAAAUUACAAUUUAUACAAAAAAGAAUAUUUCAAUGUCGACGCUGUAUACAAACGCUUAAUUCUCGAAUUAACGAGUCUCGACAAAAUUUAUUUGGAUUUGCUAAUAAAGAAGCAACAACAGCAACAACUUCUUUUAAUUCUGAAUUAAUUCCUGCACAAAUAUUUAUUCUUUCUAAAAAUGAGCGCCAAUGCAACAAAUUACGUGAACAAAUUAUGUUUUUAGAAAAUAAAAUUGGUUAA